UUACAAACACGGCAACGCAAAAGAGAUAAAAGGUCAUUGAUAACACUGGAACCUGAUUUCGAAGCGGACCUAUAAUGUGACUCGACCUUCGUUGACAUAAUUCAAAGAGUACAGUGCCUGGGAGUAGGUUAGGUUGGUAAAAGUGUCAGUUGGUGCGUGGUCCGUGCUUGUUUACUGAACAGAGAAGACCAGGGUCCUGCCCGUGUUCUGCCGGCGCCGCGUUUAAACAACAUUGUGGCACUUACGUUACAGUUACGUGCAGCAGCGUCAAGAAAGCAGAUGAGUCACCGAUAUAAAUUGCGAAGUGUUGCGGAAGUCAAAAAAAUCUGUGAGAGAGAAGAAACAGAAGAAGGAAAUGACCGGCUUUCUUCAGAUGAGGAAAGCGAUUACAUAGAAGAAGUAACAAACUCUGAAUCCGAAGAAACUGUAUCUGACUUGGAAACCGCAGAUGAAAGUGAAUCAGAGUCUGCAAGUCAACAAUAUUGGGUCCAGACUGGAAGAAAACGUCAAAGGCCAACUACUCAAACGUCUUGUGAUGGCAGAAUACCCAGUGUCAUUUAUGGACAUGACGGGUACCAGUGGUACUCAACGGCAUGUCAAAAAAUACGUCACCAAAAUCAUAGUACGAGUUUUUUGCCAGGUCCAGUUGGAGAAGCAUGGAAUGCUAAAACUCCACUCGAAGCAUGGAGUUUACUCUUGAAUGAUUCCAUCCUGGAAAAAAUCGUUCGUCAUACAAAUGAAGAAAUUAUACGAUACCGAAAUUCAGUAGAAACGGAAAAAAAUGUGAAUCAUGUGUACAGCAAUGUGGCAAUGCAUGAACUGAAAGCUUUUAUCGGAAUACUUUAUUUCAUGGGCUUGCAGAAAACUUCAUCUGCAAAUGUUGAUGACUUGUGGUCUGCCGGUUAUGGUUCGGUAAUAUAUCGGGCAACAAUGUCGAUUCACAGGUACCACUUCCUCUCGAGGAUGAUACGAUUUGAUGAUAAAAAUACAAGGCCACAGCGGAGAGAAAUGGAUAAAUUUGCCCCAAUACGCUUAGUGUGGGAAAUCUUCACCUCUAACUGUACAAAGUUUUACAUACCAGCAUCAUAUUGCACAAUUGAUGAACAAUUGGUUUCAUUCUCAGGACGUUGUCCAUUUAAAGUGUACAAUGGCUUAAAGCCCGAUAAAUAUGGCAUAAAAAUCGUUAUGGUAAAUGAUUCACAUACUUUUUAUAUGUACAGCGCGGAGCCAUAUUUAGGGAAAGUGACGACGGACCCUGGGGAGAGUGUUUCAUCCUAUUACUUGCGAAAAUUAUCCGAGCCACUACAUGGGACCUUGAGAAAUCUGACGUGUGGCAAAUGGUUUUCUUCUGUUGAGAUCUUCGAUAAGAUGUUACAAGAUCAUUCCCUAAUGAUGGUCGGGACCAUCAAAAGAAAUAGGAGACAAAUUCCUGAUAGUUUCAGAAAAGCAGGGCCUGUUUCAUCCACAAAAUUUGCAUUCGAUGGUACGAAAACAUUAGUUUGUUACACUCUACAAAAGAAGAAAAUUGUUCUAGUACUUUCAACCUUCCAUCAAACUGUUGAAAUCGAUAAGGAGUCACAAAAACCAGAAAUUAUCAAAUUUUACAACUCAACGAAAGGUGGCACAGACACAUUUAAUCAAAUGUGCCUUGAGUAUACCACGGCGAGAAAAACCUCAAGAUGGCCUACAAGAAUUUGGAUGGCCAUGCUCGAUCAAGCAGCCAUCAACGCAAUGGUACUCUACAAUUUCAAUGGGAACAACCAGCUGCUGGCUAGAAGACAAUUUUUGAAAACUUUAGGUAGAGCAUUGAUCGAGCCUCACCUUCGCGCGAAACUGCGGACUGUAAAUCUAUGUCGGAACUUGCGAUUGUAUAUUGAAGAAAUUCUGGACAUUGAAAAGCCUAUCGUUCACACAAACUGUACCCCCACCCUCGGAAAGCGGGCAAGGUGUGCUUUUUGCCCAAGAUCUAACGAUCGAAAAUCGCGUACUGUUUGUGCAAUUUGCAAUCGAAUUUUGUGCGAAGAACAUCGUACACUCUACUGCCCACUGUGCAGCGAACGUAACUAACCAUUUUACACAAGUUUAUUUCUUUUCAGUAUUAUUAUAUUUUCCCGAUGCGUAAUAUACAUUAUAAGUUGUAACAAAAAUA